AUGAUAAUAAGUAAUCCCCUGUCAGUAUUGAAUGUACUGAGACUUUCAUUCCAUUCAAUCCUUUCAAAAUCUAAACCUUUCACCACCAAAGCCAGAAGUGUUCUAGAAAAGAAGAAAGAUGAUUUAAUUCCCACAGCCAAGAUUAAAUGGUAUUAUGCAACUGAUGUCCCCAUAUCUAAACCUUCGUGGUAUAAUUAUACAAAAGUUGAUGAUGCAAAGACUUUCUUACCAUUUUCAGACUAUGAUUCUCAAAGAAUUGAACAUCAGUUCAAAAAGUAUUUUGAAAGUUCAAAUGAUGAAACUACUUGUAAGAUUGAGGUCAGUGAAGAUAAGUUAUUUGAAGUUGAUGUUAAGAAAUUUGAACUUUCUCCAAUAUAUUGGGAAGGUCCUGUUUAUGAAGUAAGGAGAGGUCUUUGGUUUACUACUGAUGGAGUUCCUUUAAGUCAUGUGUUGACUCAACAAAUAGAAAUGGGAUUUGAAGCUAAGAAACCAUAUUUAUUCGAUGAAGAAAGAAAAUUGAAAGCUGAAAACCCUGGGAAAUUCAAUAAAGCCGAUAUAGCAAAAUUUAAUUCUGAUGGAGGUGUUGGAGAAAUAACCAUUGAAAUCGAUGCUGAAGAAAUUGACGAUAUUGUUACUUUACCUAAUAAUAAAGCCGUGUUAUAUUUCAAUAACAACAGAGCUGCUUUGUUCCCCGAUUCUAUGAUAAAUGAUUAUCAAUUACCUAUAAUAAGAAGAUUUGGAGCUACAGCUGUUUCUUUAUUGAAUGUUACUCAUAUUCAAAGAGGUUUCACUUCAAACUUAACAGCCUCAAUUUUUGAUAAUAUACCUGAAAACCCCAUUCCUGGUUUGACGGAUAUUUUACAAACAGAAGUAACAAAUUUAUUCACAGGUGAAGCUGAUGAACCUGUUAAGAAAUCUACUAAUUAUUCUGAUGAAAAUGAUGGUAAUGAGUCCAAACAAAAUAAGGAAAUGAAGAAAGUUAUUGAAGAUGAUUUUGAAAAUGAUACAACCGAAAAUACCUCUUCCCGAGAAAUCGAUCAUGUUGUGUUCUGUGUUCAUGGAAUUGGUCAAGUUUUGGGGACGAAGUAUGAAUCGAUUAACUUUGCUCAUAAUAUCAAUGUCAUGAGAAAUACCAUGAAAGCUGUUUACAAGGAUAAUCCCGUUUAUAGAAAAUUAGCUUAUGGUGACAAAGAUGCUCCUGACUCAAAGUUCAAUAAUAGAAUUCAAGUUUUACCCAUCGCCUGGAGACAUAUGAUAGAUUUCCAUCCAAACAAAUUACCAAAAGAAAUUGAAGAAGAUUCAAGAUUACCUACAUUAUCCCAAAUCAAUGUUGAUGGUGUAAGAUCUUUGAGGAAUGUCAUUGGAGAUGUUGCUUUGGAUAUUCUACUUUACUAUGAAAGCAAAUAUUUCAAUCAAAUCUUAGCUUCGGUCACCAAUCAGUUAAAUUUUGUAUAUGAAGAAUUCAUGAAAAGAAAUCCUAAUUUCAAAGGGAAGAUACAUGUCUUGGGGCAUUCUUUAGGUUCAGCUAUUGUGUUUGAUAUUGCAUCAUUACAAUAUAACACCAGACCACAAAAUCCUGAUAAGACCAAGGACUUGCUUUUCGAUAUUGAUUCCCUUUUCUGUAUUGGAUGUCCUGUAGGAGUCUUCAAAUUAAUCAGUCAAAAAAACAUUGUAAAUAGAAAGGAAUUACCAGAAGAUUAUGAUCCUAGACAACCAGAUUUAUACUCAUCAUCACCUAAAUGUACCAAUUUAUAUAAUUUAUUCCAUCCAUGUGAUCCAGUAGGCUAUAGAAUUGAACCUUUGAUCAAACCAAGAUUCUCCAAUUACCUGCCAGAAGAAGUCCCAUUUGCAGUUGAAGGUAUUGAUACUCAAAUCAAGGGCUUGGCUAGUUUCACUGAUGAUUUACAAGAUAAAAUAGCUAAUGCAACUUCAUGGAUCUUGAAAACUAAUAGAAAAUCCAAGUUAGCCGAUGGUAUUAAGGAUAAGUUCAUUGAUGAAAAUGCUUUGGGAGAAAUUGUCAGUAGUAUAGUUAAAUCAGAUGAAGAAGAAGCUGAUGCCACAUCUAAAGGGAAAUUAUCACCACCUGAUUUGAAAAUCCUCAGUUCAUUCAAUAAAGAUGCUAGAGUUGAUUAUUGUUUACCUAUGAAAUUCUUUGAUAUUUCAUUAGUUUCAGCUAUCAGUGCCCAUGUUUCAUAUUUCGAAGAUCAAAACACUUCAGGUUUCAUCAUGUCGAAAUUAUUAUCAUCCCCAGAACCAGUAACUUCCAAAACAGUUUUAAUCAAAGACAAAGACUAG